AUGACUGAACUCAUCAAGUCCGAGUACGAAAAGUGGAAAAGGCAACUUACUGGAUUCUUAAAAGGUCAAAUGGCAAGAGACAUUCGAGUCGUAGUUUCUAUAGAAUUGCAACGACUGACUGACAUUGUGAAUGUGCAAAUUUCAGGGCAACAAGGAACAUUCAAGACCAAUACAUGUUUAGCUUAUGAUGAAAAUUUGCAGCUUGUAGCUUGGGGUUAUCCUGCUUUGGCCCAAGAACCUCCAAAAAGAAUAAAAUCAACGGCCAGGCCACAGCCAAAACCUGUGGAAUUGUUUAAAUUGCAUCUAGCUAAUAUAAAAGAGGAUGAGAAACCACCACUUCCACCUGGUCUGGAUUCAAAGAGAGCCGUUACUGAUUAUUUACAUGAAAUGAAUAAAGUACGAUUCGUAUGCUCGGUACCUGCAGAAUGGCAUCAUGAGGCAAAGGCCAUUAUGAGAGAAUGCAUGUACAAUGCUGGAUACUUGGAUCAUAGAUUAUCCGAAAAUUUGGAGUUCACAACUGAACCCGAAGCAGCCGCCAUAUACUGCAUGAAAAGUUUAAAUGAAUAUCGAUUAACUCCAGGAUCUUCUUUUAUGAUCGUGGACUGUGGAGGAGGUACGGUGGAUCUAACAACUAGAACUUUGUUGCCUGCUAUGAAGCUCAGUGAAAUCACCGAACGCAGCGGCGACUUGUGUGGUAGCUCAUACGUCGACCGAGAAUUUCUUAAAUUUCUUGGAAAGAAACUUGGAUAUGCCGCAAUGAGAAAAUUGAAAGAAAAUAAUUAUGGUCAAAUGCAAUAUUUGGUUCAACAGUUUUGUUCGCGAGUUAAAUUUGCAUUUAACGGAAAUCCCACUGAAUUUUCCGUCAAAGAAUUAGACAUAGAAAGAGUAUGCCCGGCACUUGUUCAAUAUGUUGAGGGACACGCUAAAGAACAGAUGGAAGAAGCCGAUUGGUUGGUCGAGUUUGAUUUUCAAUCUGUAAAAGACAUGUUUGACCCUGUUGUGAAUAAGAUAAUUGAAUUAAUCCAGAGGCAACUUUCUUCGACUGAACGAAAGUGCGCGGCAAUGUUCUUGGUAGGUGGAUUCAGUGAGAGUCUAUAUCUACAAUCCCAAAUUCGAAGGCAUUUUGCGACACAAGUUCCUAUCAUAGCCGUGCCAAGACAUCCCAUUGCUGCCAUAGUGCGUGGAGCAUUGGAAUACGGGUUGCACAUGGAAGUAAUCCAAACACGUGUUUUAAAAUUCUGUUAUGGCGUAGAAGUUAGUGCAAAGUGGGAUAAAACGGAUCCAUUCGAACGUAGAACUGAAUCUGGACGCGUCUUUCGAUUCCACAAGUUGGCUCUACGUGGAACUGAGGUCGCUGUAGAUCAAAAAUUCUGCUAUACAGCAGGGCCCGUUGUACCUAACCAAACUGACAUGACCUUCAACAUAUUUACUACUCAAAAUAACAAUGCUAGAUAUUGUGAUGAGGAGGGCAUGAGGAUGUUGGGUAAAAUGAAAAUCGACUUACCUGACCCUCAUCGUGGUAAAAAUCGUCUAGUGGAAUUUACUUUAACUUUUGGUACUAUGGAAAUUAAAGCGACGGCAGUCAACAAGCGAACUGGUCAAGUAUAUGAGAGUAGUUUUAUACUAGAAUUUUGA